AUGACCCAAGCUCUCAGGACAGCACCCACAUACACACCCGCUACCUCAACUAUAACGAGAACAAUCAUCUUCCGCCGCACCUUCUCAUCCUCAAAACCCACCACUGCCAACCACACACCCGUCCCAGAACCAACCCGAGUCCCACGCCCGAUUCCCAUGGAUAUCGGAAACAGCCCUUCCGCCGCCAACUUUUUCCAAUCCUCAGGUUCUUCCUCAACCGCAUCCUCCGCCUCAGUCUCAGAAGCAUCAUCAUCAGCAUCACGGAGGUUCCGAUCCUACGCAAGUGGUGGGUCCGUAUUCGACAGAUACGGUGGCCCUGUUUUGAACAUUAUCGUCUACUCGACCGCUGCGACGUUGCUAUUGCACUUGGCCUAUCACCACCUGGCUCUUGAGGAAUAUAAGAUCUCAUCGAACCGGAGGCUCAAGGAUCUGGAGGAUGAGAUCUCGACACUCAAGGCGCUACGAGUCCAGCAUCCCUUGGGAGGUCGAGGCGAGUUUGUCUGA